AUGAAUCUUCUCCUACCCGCCGCCAUUACAUUCUCUGGGGCCAGUCCUACACGAGUUAUUCGUCUCCUGAGCUCUGUAGGUGUUGCCGUUCUUCAAAAGAGCCAACUCUUCCUGAUUCAAGGCUGUCUGGUAUUCCCUGCCGCUGCAAAGGUAUGGAAAGAAGACCAGACCACCCUCCUUACGGCGAUGCGUGGCAGCAAGCUUCACCUGGCAGGCGACGGCCGUGCCGAUUCUCCCGGCUACUCGGCGAAGUAUGGCACGUACACGCUGCUGGAAACAAACAUCAACAAAAUCCUACACUUCGAGGUUAUCCAGUCAACAGAAGUCAAGUCCAGCAACAACAUGGAAACCGAGGGCCUCAAACGUUCCUUCGACCAUCUCCAGGGCUGGGGGUUCUGCCCGCAUGUGCUCGUCACGGACCGCCACUUUGGGGUGAACGCCCUGAUGAAGAGCAACUACCCCAACACCAAGCACCGUUUCGAUGCAUGGCAUGUUGCCAAAGGCAUCGGGAGCAAGCUGGCCCUCGCGGGGAAAACAAAGCGCAACAGCCUGCUAAACAAGUGGGUCAAGACUGUCCGGGCACACGUUUACUGGUGUGCCCAAACCAGUGAUGACAAUGGUGCACUGGUGCUGGCCAAGUGGAUGUCCUUGAUGCGCCAUGUGGACAAUGUGCACCAGCAUCCCGACCCGCUCUACCCUGCUUGCACGCAUGCCCCAAUCGUUGAAGAACGCUGGUGGCUUCAUAAGGGAACUGAGCCGUACGACGCCCUCGAAAAGGUGGUAAUGUCACGACAGCUGCUGAAGGACAUCCCUAAGCUGUCUGGAAAUGGCCAGACGUACCGGCUCGAGUCCUUUCACAGCCUGCUGCUACGAUUUACCCCGAAGUCGAGCCACUUCAGUCUGGAGGGCAUGGAGGCACGGACUGCCAUUGCUGUCCUUCAUUACAACGCCAACUGGGACCGAAAGCAGGCCACAACCAAGGAUGACAAGGACUGCUUUGUCCUGAAAUUCCCCAAGGCGAGGAAAGGCGAGUGGGUCGGCAACCGAAAAAUGGAGCCUGCGUCCUAUGACUACACCCAGAAGCUGUUCGGCUGCUUCCUGGAACUGGCAGAGGGAGUCCGGACCUACCAGGAGGCCCAGGCCACCUACGUUCCCCGCUCACGAGGGAAGUCUCUGUGCAGCAUUUCCCAGAGGCCAAACAAGGAAGCCGCCGUCCUGGCCCACAGGUCCAGGUUCUCGACUUAG